GGACCAGCUGCCACAAGAGGCCUGGUCAAAUGCUUCACACGAAGUCUGUCUGUGCACCGCGGACCCCGACCUGCGGGCUGGUCCCAGCAACGCCCCGGGCUGGGAGAUGCCCGUGAGCGGCGGCUGUUUGCUGCCCGGCAUCUGCCGGGCGGCAGGAGGAGGUGUGAGGGACACGCUGAAGGAAGUGAAGCGGUUCUCCAGACUCUUGGGUACAAGAUGCCUGGGCAGACCAAGUGCCCUGAGUGUGGAUCCAGUGCAGUGGAAGAAGACACACAUUACAGCCAGAACCACAUGGUGUGUACUGAAUGUGGUUUCCUAUUGACUGAGGGGUUGCUCACAACAACACGCUCUGAAGAGACUUUCCUCCAAGCUGUGAAGUACACCAAGAGCACAGCUGAAGAUAAAACGCCCUGUCGGAACAAGGUGCAAGGCGUGAAGCGAGUUCGUGACCUGUGCCAAAUUCUCCGUGUGCGCCCAGUUGUUGAGGACACAGCCACUGAGCUUUACGUCCGAGCCUAUGAUCAUCGUGACUUCCUGCACGUCACUCUGGAGAAGAAGGAGGCUUUGGUGGGCUGCUGUAUUCACACCUCUUGUCGGCAGCAUAACUGGCCCCUGACCAUGGGCACCCUGUGCUCCCUGCUCCACGUGGAAUCCACCCUCUUCUCAUCCGUCUACCUGCAGCUGGUGAAAGAACUGCAGCUGGAUGUUCCCACUCUCAGUCUGCAGGAUCUGGUGAAAACUCACUGCAAUGGGUUUAUCCUGUUUCAGAAUUCCGGGUUGAUCCCGCCCAGGUUUCAAGAAGAUAAAGACAAGGUGGUGGCUCGGGCUGUGCAGCUGGUGGAAUUGGCCAGUGAGACGUGGCUGGUGACUGGGAGACACCCUGUCCCCAUCAUCACAGCAGCAGCUUACCUGGCCUGGCAGUCCUUGCUUCCUGGGCAUCGCCUGAAGUGCAGCCUGGGGAGGUUCUGCAAGCUGGCAGGAAUUACGCUGCCACCACCCACCUCUCAGCGGCUGAAAGAGCUCACCAGUGUUUUAAUCAGACUAGCAUCACAGCUGCCAUGGCUGAGAGGUCAGCAAGUCGAUGCUAAAACUGUGGUGAAAUACACCAGUGAUAUUCUCCGCCAUCGCACCUUAUUACUGAGUCAGACGCUCGACUGCAUUUGGGCUGAGAGCACAAGUGCGCAGACGGAUCCACGUGAAGGGUGUGUGUCAGAAGCUGGUGAGAACAGCAGCCAGCCCCAGGACCAGCUGAGCCAGGCACCAGAGACGGGGUCAAGUCGGAAACGCACCGCCCCGGUUUUCCUCCCUCCAUGCCUCACACAAACAAAGAGGAGAAAUUUCAGCCUUGAAUUGGAGAGAAGCUGCAGUAAUCAAACCACUGGGGAGGAGGAGAUAUCAGACAGUGAAAUCGAGCAAUACUUAAGGACUCCCGAAGAAGUUGCAACAUUCCAAGCAGCAAGAGCCAUCCUCUGACUGGCACAUUUCCCCAGUGCUGCUGCUGUCUGUGACUGUCAGCCCUUCCUCUGUCCCUGCUUCGUCGCUAGAGCACUGGAAGCAGUGCUGGGAGGUACACACGUUGGUGAUAACUCCAUUGGAUUGAGAACAAUGUGAUCAUUCUGUUAGUACUUUGAUUUGUACUUGAUGAAUUGAAUGAGCUGGUGCAUGGAGCAUCUGUACCCCAGGAGCUGGUUCUGUUUGUGAGCCUCCCUCUCCUUUGAAAAUAACAAGAUCUCUGCUACCUCGAUCCUGGGACUCGCAUGCCCCAGCUGCACUCAAUGAACUUGAAUAACACCCUCAUGAUUUAAAGGUUCUUGGAAAAUCUGCACAACUGCAGGACUUUAGCCCAGAAAGAAAAAGAUAUUAGGCACAGGAGCUGUUUCCAUCGUUCUGUUGGAGAAUGGCUGAUCUGUACUUUGUCCAUCUUUGACAUGAAGCCAUAGUCAUAAUUGUUUCAGUUUACCCCAGCACUCCAGGCAAAGUAAGGUUGGUGUCUUAUAGAAGAAAUAUAUUUGAUUGAAUGAUUUGAUGGUAAUUGAUGUGUUGUUUUUGUAUGACUAUAGCAGCUGCUCUGUGCUGAAGCAAUUAUGGAUGUGCUCCAUGUGGUCUUGUGUCUGUACAAUUGUUCAUGGUCACAGAACUUGUGAUCGAUGCAUUUGUUUAUCUAAAUGUCAGCUUUACCAGCAUUUACUCCACAUCCUAACAGACUGAUAUUAAACCAGGCAGAUUAGAGGCCAUUGCUAUUGUGCUGCUUGUUUUCAUUUGGAGCUGAUGUUGAACUUACAGUGAUACUGAAGUAGAAACCGGAAAAUUCAUUGUCUUCAUGUUGUGUGAAUUGGUAAAUGUUGAAGAUGUGUGCUCAUUCACCUCAUGGAAAGAUAGGACCCUAAUUUAGUGUCUCUUACAAAGAAUGGUACUUGCCGGGUGUAGCACGCCACACUAGUGUUUUGGAAUAUGGACCUGGCUUGUAUGUACCACUCUGAAGUGGGACGGAAGAAUUCUCAAGUAAGAACAGGUAUUGGUCAAAAGUAAAUUUAAAAACUUGUAAACAGACAACAUUUUACCUCAGGAUUGUAAAAUGUUAGGAAAAGUAACCUGAGCAAAUGUGUGUGUUGAAGAAAAAAACUGAACUAGUCAGUUGAAUACUCCCAAAGGACAAAGCAGCACUUGUGGAAAAUGAAAAGCUAUGGAUGGCUUCAGAAAUGAGACCAUUGAAACCUUUUCACUCUUUUGGUUUGUGUCUGAUUUACAAGUCAAACCUUUGCUAUUACAAAGGGUGUGUCAUUCUCUGUCCACAGCAAUCCACUGUAAUAAAAUCCACAAACACUGAGUGUUAGGUAGUUCAAAUUAUGAACUUUCACUUUUAUCUCGGAAAGCCUCCCUUUUAUAAAUGGAGGACUGGCUGUACACCCUUAUUCUCAAAAGUCACAGCCUUCAGUUACACAACACAUGCAUUGGGGUCAUCCACCCAACUCCUGGACUCGUCAGCCAAGGGAAAUGACCAGCAGGCAUUUGAUAAAAUCCAUCAUUACAGACCACCUACAGUUUAGGAAACUACCUUCUGCAUUUCUGUGGGUUUGCCAAGAUGUCACUUUGCAAUUCAGUGAAUUAGACCUUGGCCAUGCAGACAUUUUGCAAGACCAAACCUCAGACCUCCAGCAGGUUAAGACCUUUUGUCUAUUCGAGAAUUUGUCUACUCAAGAUUUGUGGGAACCCCCAAAACAUGAGAUAAGUGGAGUGACGAACUUGAAACUGCACAGCAGCGAGAGACCCCAUGCUUAACAC